AUGGAAGCGAUUGACGAUUACGCCAACGAGAACAUUGUCCGUUCUAUAGCCUACACCGCACUUGACAAGAUCCAAAACCACCAGUACCAUGAACUCCUUCCUUUCUCAUCUCAACCAUUGCGACAAAGAGCUCAGUUCCUGCCCAAUGAGGACUGGUAUCAAUGGCAAAAGGACAAUUGCACUCAAAUGAUCGAAUCUGUCUGGACUGAAAAGGGCAAUAUCGCAGACGAACUGUACCAGAAACAAGUCUACUACAAGCGCAUGGACGCAGAUACACUACAUGCUAUUGUCGAGUUUGCAGAAAGAGACAAGAGUCACUUUGUGGUCAUUCUUAUCUUGGAGAAUGGAAGUGGAGAUAUGUCAGACGCAAAGUAUCAUAAUAUUAAGGAAUUGUCCGAUGCCGAAUGGUUGGAUAUAUUUGAAAAUUGGUCAAGGACGCUUGAAGAGGCUGAACGUAUCUUUCUGACCAAGGUGACGAGACAUAAAAGAGAAUUUACGAUGGAUACUCCUGAUAGUAGUAAAGGGGGUAAGGAAGCACCAGAGGAUUACUGGGGAGACUGGUCCUCAGAUGAAGCAAGUUCUACAGAAGAUACAGGGUCAAACUUUAAUCCACAAAAGGCAGAUCAGGAAGAAACAGAGGACUCGGAAGAUGAAUAUUAUACGAGAUGGAGUAAGGAUCCUGGUACACUGACACCUGGACCUGACGAACAAAAGAAAGGUCGUAUCCUCAGUACAAUCAAUCAACAAGAGAUUGAUGAAGAAUAUGAUCAGUCCUACAAUCCUCUGUUUACAGUACCUAGUGUCCCCAACCUCAUGGACGCACACACAGCCGCAUUAUCUGAACUCACUCAAAUUCUUCAAACCUCGAUUCCCCAGCCACGUGGGUCGACCAGCACUCGAUCUACCGUUAUCAACCCAUUACCCAAGGCAGCCAUGACUCGACUGGCUCCUCAGAUAGAAUCACUUCAAGUUACUGAAAGGUGUCCAGGCGCUUAUCCAGAAUCAGGGACACAGACACCGGGUGAUAGAAUAGAACAAACACAAUAUUACAGGGAAGCAGGUCGUCAGUUGUUCAUGAAGAGCCUAAGCGCUCUAAUCCAUGCAGCUAAACUCUUGGGUUAUGAAGGCAAGGAUAUUUUAGAGAUGGUACAGGAAAUUGUAAAUAAGGAAUAA